AUGCCUGGAGUUGAAUCAGUUUCACCCGGCACCAAUUUAUUCACAGCUCUUCUCUUCACAAGGAAAGGUCAGCAAGGUUCACGGGAAUAUCGCCUUAUAAGCUCUUACAAACACCAGCUCUUACAAGCACCAACCCAGCCCUUACAAGCACCAGCUCUUACAAGCACCAACCCUGUCCUUACAAGCUCCAGCUCUUACAAGCACCAACCCUGUCCUUACAAGCACCAGCCCUUACAAGCACCAGCCCAUACAAGCACCAGCCCUUACAAACACCAGCUCUUACAAGCACCAACCCAGCCCUUACAAGCACCAACCCUUACAGGCACCAGCCCUUACAAGCACCAGCCCAGCCCUUACAAGCACCAACCCAGCCCUUACAAGCACCAGCCCUUACAGGCACCAGCCCUUACAAGCACCAGCCCAGCCCAUACAAGCACCAGCCCUUACAAGCACCAGCCCAUACAAGCACCAGCCCUUACAAGCACCAGCCCAGCCCAUACAAGCACCAGCCCUUACAAGCAGCAUCCCAUACAAGCACCAGCCCUUACAAGCAUCAGCCCUUACAAGCACCAGCCCUUACAAGCACCAGCCCUUUCAAGCAUCAGCCCUUACAAGCACCAGCCCUUACAAGCACCAGCCCUUACAAGCACCAGCCCUUACAAGCACCAGCCCUUACAAGCACCAGCCCUUACAAGCACCAGCCCUUACAAGCACCAGCCCUUACAAGCACCAGCCCUUACAAGCACCAGCCCUUACAGGCACCAACCCUUACAAGCACCAGCCCUUAGAAGCACCAGCCCUAACAAGCACCAGCCCUUACAAGCACCAACCCUUACAAGCACCAGCCCUUACAAGCACCAGCCCUUACAAGCACCAACCCUUACAAGCACCAGCCCUUACAAGCACCAGUCCUUACAAGCACCAGCCCUUACAAGCACCAACCCUUACAAGCACCAACCCUUACAAGCACCAGCCCUUACAAGCACCAGUCCUUACAAGCACCAGUCCUUACAAGCACCAGCCCUUACAAGCACCAACCCUUACAAGCACCAGCCCUUACAAGCACCAACCCUUACAAGCACCAGCCCUUACAAGCACCAGUCCUUACAAGCACCAGUCCUUACAAGCACCAGCCCUUACAAGCACCAACCCUUACAAGCACCAGCCCUUACAAGCACCAGCCCUUACAAGCACCAACCCUUACAAGCACCAGCCCUUACAGGCACCAACCCUGCCCUUACAAGCACCAGCCCUUACAAGCACCAGCCCUUACAAGCACCAACCCUUACAAGCACCAGCCCUUACAGGCACCAACCCUGCCCUUACAAGCACCAGCCCUUACAAGCACCAGCCCUUACAGGCACCAGCCCUUACAAGCACCAACCCAGCCCUUACAAAGUCCCAUCUGUGGAUAUUGACUAA